UUAUGAUGCAAAAUACACAGAAAACCAAAAAUAUUUCUGUAAGGGUUUAACAGUAGGCUGUUCUUAUCAAAUAACGUCAGAAGCUAAAAACAAGUGGAUAAAUUCAGGAAGAUUCUCACUGUUUGAUGACACCAAAUCAGCAGAGUUCAGUGUGAUGAUCAGAGAGCUCACUGUACAGGACUCUGGGACGUACCAGUGUGGAGUUGAUAUACCCUCGUUGAUAGACAUUUACACACCGGUGGAACUGAAGGUAAAGAAAGGUGUUGUGGGAGCUAGAGACGUGACUGCAUAUGCAGGGGCGAGAAGCAACAUCAAGUGUAGAUAUGAGGACGGGUACAAAUACAAGAAGAAAUCUUUCUGUAAGAUGGAGCCAGAUCGGUGGGGUUUUAAACAUAUAAGUACACAUCCAAACAGUGAAUGGUCACAUGAUGGCAGAUUCUCAAUUCAUGACAACAGAAGUGCAGGAUUCUUCAGUGUGUUUCUCAGAGAGCUGAUUACGGAGGAUGCUGGAACAUACGCGUGUGCUGUUGUUUUGGAGGAUGAAACGGAGAUCUACACUGUACUGACGCUGAAUGUAACAGAAGGUGAGCUGCUGAUACAAUGCUAUGAUCCUGUUUAUACAUGUAACUUUAGGUUUUACUAA